CAUCCAAUGCUUCAGCUCUUUGGGCGCACGACCGCCGCCGCGCAGCAUGGCGCUCGAUUGUACUCGACCGCCGUCCAAACCGAAGUGCUCGCGAUCGGCGUGUUUGCCAAGCCAAAGCCAGCCAAGCCAGCAGAAGCGAGCGCAACAGCCAAGACAUCCACUUCGCCCGAGACCGAACCCGCGAGCUUCGUUGCAUCUGCGAGCUUUGAGCUGCACGAUCAAGAGUCCGGUGGCGCCAUCUCGCGCGCAGUGCGUGCUGUUCAGACGUCGCUGCCAGAGUUUGGGCAGAUCAAGACUGGCUGCGUGACGCUGCAUGGCGUUCAUCCACGCUACCGACACGUCGUCGUCGGUGGACUUGGAGAGGCACCCACGACGCUUCUUGCUCCUCAGGACAGCGCGUCAGAGUCGACCGUCGAUCCGCAGGACGCGACGACAGCCGCCGAAGCCAAGCAGCUCAAGACGGCGCGAUCCGUUGCCGCUCAAGUCACCACCGCUGCACGCGCCGUGAAGGCCUCGAACGUGGUGUUUGACAUGCCACUGCAUGGGCAGGGGCUCUCGGAAGGUGCAGCACUGUCGUCGCAUGCGCUGCGUGCGUUCAAGCCCAGCGACAAGAACCAGACGCCGAGCUUUUCCAUCAUUGAGAGCGCCAAUGCGGCUGGUGCUGCUGGUGGUGCAACGACAGUGGGCUCUGGCGAGACCAGCCGCGCGUUUGAACGUGGCUUGCUGACUGCAAGCUGCCAAAACUUUGCACGAACGCUUGCAGAGACGCCCUCCAACCACAUGACGCCGAGCAUUUUCGUCGACACGGUGCGCAAAGAGUUCCAGCCGUUCAUCGACAAGGAUGUUGUGCGCUUUACCGCCCAUGACAAGGCUUGGGCCGAGCAGCAGAAAAUGGGCGCCUACCUGGCCGUCGCUCAGGGCACAAGCGAGCCGCUGCGCUUCCUCGAAAUUGAGUAUCGCGGCUCGGGCAAUCGCGAUGCCGCCCCACUGGUGUUGGUGGGCAAGGGCAUCACCUUUGACAGUGGUGGCAUUUCCAUCAAGCCAUCGGCUGGCAUGGGCGAGAUGCGUGGCGAUAUGGGCGGUGCGGCUGUCGUGGUCAGCGCGCUGCUCGGCGCCGUCCGCCUCGGCCUGCCGAUCGACGUUGUGGUGGUCACGCCGCUCUGCGAAAACAUGCCUUCUGGCACCGCUAUCAAGCCCGGCGAUGUGGUCACGUCGAUGAGCGGGCAGACCAUUGAGGUGGACAACACUGACGCCGAAGGCCGGUUGAUUCUGGCGGACGCCUUGACGUAUGCUCAGCGGGCGUACAAGCCGCACACGAUCAUCGAUGUGGCCACGCUGACGGGUGCCAUUGCUGUAGCUCUUGGAAAUGCUGCUGCAGGCCUCUUCUCCAACAACGCCACCCUUUCCAAGAAGCUGCGCGCAGCCGGCAACCUGGCGACCGAUCCCUUCCACCCAAUGCCAAUCUUCCAGGAGCACCGUGACAGCAUCACAUCGACCUUUGCUGACAUCAAGAACACUGGCAAAAAUGGCGGUGGCUCGUGCACCGCUGCAGCCUUCUUGGAAAAGUUUGUGGAGAGCAAGAGCUGGGCGCAUAUCGACAUUGCUGGCGUCAUGCACUACGCGGCACCGACUGGCUUCAUGUCUGCCGGCAUGACUGGUCGUGCCACUCGCCCUCUGAUCGAGUUUAUGGCUCAGCUGUCACGCGAAGCAAUUCCAAAGCCCGAAUCGAAAGCUUGAUCGAGCUUCUGAGUCCCUUGCUCAGAAAUCUAUGGCUUUUUUUUUAGGGUUGGACUGUUUGAAAAGGUUGGUUGUUGGCCACACUUUGAAUAGUACUCCUAAUUGAUUUUCUGGUCCAUAG